ACUAUACUUGUUCGAUUCUGAUCAGAUGAGUUGUCAAAAAAGUUCGGAAACCUUGGACAAACUUCGACAUACAGGCCUUCAUACAUUGUGCCAUAUUUCCCGAAGUAACUAGAAAGGGUAAACAAAAUAUAAACAGAAGUAAGAAGAAGCUAUAUAGAGUACGGAAAUAUGUGUAUAGCAUGGGCGCGUAACUUCCGGUAAUUUUGCGCCGUAAAAUGUUUGCCACCAAUAUCCGCCGGGCUGUCAUCAACGUAAUGAACCUGGCCAAAAGCCAUUGAGGCCACAGAACGACUUCGUGUGCAGACAUUUGCUCCCCUUGCAUUCGUGGCAAGUCUCCUUGCAGCAGCGCCUAUUUCCGCCGCAUUUUGCAAUUUGAAUUGGCACGUGAAAGCUGUUUCCCCUACUGCAUAUGCGCAGGCUAAUUACUAUGCAACAACAACAUAAGCAACAACAACAACAACUGUUAAAUUCCAAGUAAAGCACAGUAAAAUUCUGACUGCGACCACCAUGGAGGAGGAUGUUUAUGCAACGCUCAACUACAGUGACAGCGACAGCGCAGUCGAAGACGGCGCCGAGGACGAGGAUGGCUGGAACAGUCUGGAGAUGAGCGUUGAGCAGCUGGAGCAUCUGCUGCUGUGGCAGCUGCCCGAGUCGGGCAACCAGACCAGCAAACAGACAUUGGCCAAUUCAAGUUUAAGCAAUGCAACCUCAAUGCCCAGCCCAACUAGCGCCGAGCCGCCCUUCGAUGCCAACAACUAUUGGGCCCUGCUCGCCUUGGUGCUGGUCUUUGGCACGGCAGCGGGCAAUAUCCUGGUCUGUCUGGCCAUUGCCUGGGAGCGACGCUUGCAGAAUGUCACCAACUAUUUCCUGAUGUCGCUGGCCAUCACGGAUCUGAUGGUCGCCGUGCUCGUCAUGCCCCUGGGCAUCCUUACCCUGGUUAAAGGCCAUUUUCCCCUGAGCUCGGAGCACUGUCUGACCUGGAUAUGCCUGGAUGUACUGUUCUGCACGGCCAGCAUAAUGCAUCUGUGCACCAUAUCCGUGGAUCGGUAUCUGUCGCUGCGCUAUCCAAUGCGCUUUGGCCGCAACAAAACCAGGCGCCGCGUCACGCUCAAGAUUGUCUUUGUCUGGCUGCUGAGCAUCGCCAUGAGUCUGCCGCUCAGCCUGAUGUAUUCAAAGGAUCAUGCCUCGGUGCUGGUGAAUGGCACUUGUCAGAUACCGGAUCCGGUCUACAAGCUGGUCGGCUCUAUUGUCUGCUUUUACAUACCGCUGGGCGUGAUGCUCCUCACCUACUGUCUGACCGUCCGACUACUGGCCAGACAGCGCCAAAACUUGGGCGGCGGCCAGCCCACAUCAGCGGUCACGCCUGGCUGGGCAAGCGGCUGGCUUGGCCAGGCUCCAGCCUUGGAGCGGCGCUGCACUUGGCGCCGAUUGUUGAAGCCGGGCCAGAGCCAAGCCUCUACGGUGCUGCACGCGCACUCGGCAAACUCAACGGAUACGGAUCUCAGCACGCUGGACAAUCAUGAGCUCUGGCUGCCCGACUCCAGCAUACCGGAGCCCACGCCCACGACGAUGACGGCGCUGCAUCAGUUUGGGGCGGAGAUGUUGAAGCUGUCACGUGGCCUGGAAUCUGUCGCCUCGUCCUCAACAACGGGCUCGCCCACAAAAUCCGAAUUUUCCAUCUCAAAUCACUUGCCCUACUCCAGCAGCCCGCAGCGCUUUUCGACACAGCAACAGCAACAGCAACAGUCGCAGCAGCAGCAGCAGCAACAGCACCUGCAACAUGCUCACGGAGGCAGCUACCUACAGCAAACGUCGCCCAAGGGCAGACAGAGCAGCAACAUGCUGGGCCUGUCCAGCACAACGCUUGGUCUGGAGCGCGAGAGCACGCGCAACUCCUUGGCCAGCAGCCGGUUGGGCGAGCAAAGCGAUGGCACACUCUCGCAACUGUCACAGAGACUGCGCUCGUACAAGAAGCGCAGACGCGCCUCGUUAGCAGUUUCUGGUCGUGAGCGACGCGCUGGCAGCGAGGAAGCCGAUGAUGACGAUCAGGAUACGCUGCGGCGACGCAAACGUUACAAUAGCUUGCCCAAAAAUGCGCUCUACACGCACCACAACACGCUGCACGAGAGCCAGGACGACGAUAACAACGAGGAGGCGGCUGCUGCGCAGGAGGACGACGACGAAGGACUGGAGAGACAAGCAGCUAAAACGUCCAAAUCUUCAUCCAUGAGCAAGAGCUGUCACUCGGACACGGAGGUGGAGUCGCAGCCAGGCAAGCUAUUUCGCGUGCCAAGCAAUUCGAAUCAGCAGUCGGACUACCCGCAGUUGCCAUCGGUGUGCACCUGUCCCUACUUCGGAGAUCGGCCGCUGCAGAGCUGUGUGAAAACGGCAGAGGUGAAGAUCAUAUCAUCCGCUUUCAAGGUGACCACCACAACGGCGACAACGGCUGUGAGCAGCUCGCCCAGCGAAAUGGAGCUGCUUCUAUGCAGCGCAAGCAACAACAAGGGCGUCCUCACCAGCAGCGUAAGUAUUGGUGCAGCGGCAGCAGCUGGUCCUGCCGGUGGUGUUGCUGGUGGUGCAUCGGCGAACACCUUGUCGCCCAACUCGGCACAACAGCCGCCGGGCAGCUGCUUGACCGUCCACAGUGAUGGCAGCGGCUAUCUGGCGGCACCCGGCACACCCUGUCCUGGUCGCCGUAAGUUGAGCAUCUCAAAGACAGCCUCGGUGGUCACCUGGGACUCGAGUCGACAUCGGCGCCGUGGCAGCAGCUUUGGCGGUGCGCGCACCUCACUGCUGCUCACGCCCACCAAGACGGCGUCAAGCACGGCAACGACUACUACAGCAACAACGCCGCUACGCCGCUCUGCCACACUGCGCAGCCACCAGAACAUGAACUAUCAGGGCGGUGGAGAGAGCGGCAAGUCGCGGACGCCGCACUCGUCACCAUGUCUGCUGCAGCGACAGCAGACAGUGCGGUCGCAUCAUUCGCGCAACUCCAGCGUCAUCUCGCGCAACUCGUCACGACACGGCCGCAUCAUACGACUAGAGCAGAAGGCCACCAAGGUGCUGGGUGUGGUGUUCUUUACGUUUGUUAUUCUCUGGUCGCCGUUCUUUGUGCUCAACCUGCUGCCAUCGGUGUGCGCGGAAUGCGAGGAGCGCAUCAGCCAUUGGGUAUUCGAUGUGGUCACCUGGUUGGGCUAUGCCAGCUCCAUGGUGAAUCCCAUAUUCUAUACGAUCUUCAACAAGGUAUUUAGGCAGGCCUUCAAGAAGGUGUUGCUCUGCCGCUACUCGAACAACAGCGCCUGGCGACCCAGCAGAUAGCAGACGCCCGUCAAGCCCGGUAAGCUCAAGGCAAACGCCAAUCCUCUAACAAAUCUCAAACCGCCGCCAAUCAAAUGCACCAGCGUGGACUUUGCUGAUGCCAGGACACACGCUCAACGGCCAGCAUCGAGGCAGCUCAAGGCGCAAUCGAACAGCGACUCAACGGCCAACCUCUAAGCGUAACAGCUCAAAAUUUUGGUAGCAUCCACAGGCCACAUAGCACGCACAGCUCGAAUCGUGUGUGUCGGUGUAUAUUAUGGCUUAAGUCUCUAAUUAAUUUCAAAUUCAAUUUGCACAGCCAUUGAGCACAUUUGCCAUUCAAACCGAAGCCAGACAACUGCUUGUUAACCCACCCGACCGAACAACCACCUAACCACCAAACAGCCCACUCGCACUCGUAACGAGUCCAGCCAGCAGCUGGUCAGCUCUGCCGCCACAGGCAUACAGUUCUCUAAUUGCGGUGCUCAAGGUGUAUUAAGCUUGUCUGCUCAGUGCCACGCCCCACAUCGCCUUCAUCUCUGCCCUGCGGCCCAAUUCCAUUAUGGGAUUAUUAAACGAAGCAUAGCAGAUUUUGCAAAUGUGCGUCAAAGGAAUUUCAAAAGAGAAAAUGCAAAGAAUUUGUAUUUUGUAUUUUCCCUUUGCUAUAAUGCACUGGCUAACCCCUAGGCUGAUUAUGAGCGUGUUGCUGAGUCUACAGAACAAUAGUGCAUCAUAGCUGUAGUUUUAAUGAACUAAUAUCAUAGAUUAAACACUUAUGAGGCAAAUAUGAAACAAGGAAACCAGCGAAUAUCAAUUAAAAUAAUUUCGUUGUCGAAUUAACAUUUGAGCCUGCUAGAGUUGCCAGAUCGUUUUGGAACCCUAUUUUUUUUACGCUUUUCUACAUUUUGAGCUAAUUCUUAAUAAAAGUAGCAGCCCGCUCUUACAGCUGAUGGUUUCUGUUUUGAAACUCUGGCAACACUGAUUAGACCUACAACUUAAAAUAAGUCGUCAAUUUGUUCGGCCUUAGCUCUUCUAUUUUUAUGCCAUUCAAUUGUUUUUUAAGCUAGCAAAUUGAAUUGCAUAUUGGCUGGCGCUGUUAAAGUCCAUAAAUAAACGCGACAAAAUGUCUACUGCUAUUGUUGUUGUAGCUACAAAUUUGAUCAAGCAAAUUGCAAUCAAUAUAAGCCGAACUUUCGUUUAUUUGUUUAUUUGGCGAUUUUCGCAAUUAGGCGUUUAAUUUAUGGCAAAUUUUCGGGCCGCAAAUGUGAGAAGCCUGCCAAAUUCAACACGUACGCAAAGUCUAUAAAAACAGUUGUUUUUGUUGUGUGGAAUUGUAUUAGUUGUUGCUGUUGCUGGCAUUGAAC